AUGUCUGAUGAAACGGUCCAGCCCAAUCAAUGGGUCGCCUUAAGGCUUCCUAACGAGACCUUUCGCAUCUUGGAAGUUGUGCCCAACACAACCAUCUCGCUCGGCAAGUAUGGCUCAUUCCCCUCGAACCUCGUCAUCGGUCGGCCGUUCCACCUCACGUACGAGGUCCAGGAUAAGCGAGAGGGCGAGAACUUUGCGCGCCUACGCGUCGUCCCCGCUAGGGAGCUCAACGCCGACAACAUGGCCGACACCAGCGCGGAAGCGACAGAGGGCGAGGACGUGAUCGCCCCCGCCGACGGCGAGGAGCUGACGCUCGUCGACGAGAGCGGAAAGGUCUUGGUGCGGUCGAACCGAGAGAUUAUUGACGACUCGGCGCGGCAGACACUCACGGCCGAGGAGAUUGAGGAGCUCAAGCGCAAGGGCGCUUCGGCGGGCAAGGAGCUGAUCGCAAAGCUGCUCCUCUCACAUACUGCCAUCGACCAGAAGACGGCGUACUCGCUCGCCAAGUACAAGCUCCUCAAGACGAAAAAGUACAUCCGGCGGUUCACCGUCCUCCCUCUGGACGUUCCUAUGCUUGCGCAGUGGCUGCUCGAGGACCGCGAUCCGUCAAAGAUCUUUGAAAUGAGGCCGGAGAUGAUGGCGCUGGUGGGAUGCUGGGCCGAUGUUCACUUUGGCGGCGUGUCUUCUGAAGAUGCUACCGGGAACCAGGGUGGGAGGUGGUUAGUCGUGGAUGACACAGGUGGUUUGCUGGUUGCUUCAAUGGCUGAGAGGAUGGGCAUACUUCACCAAAAGCCCGAGGAGGAGAAGACGGAAGAGCUGCCGAUACAUACCAGCGACCCUUCAGCUCCAGAUACCGCAGAAGCUAGCACUGACGCGACGGAAGCGCAGCCAGACCAGCCUCAAGCAACAUCAGAAGCUAUAGAAGCUCCGUCGUCGCCCAAGGUGCAUAAGAAACGCCACCCUCGACGAAGCGACUUUGAUGUCCCCUACGUCAACACAAAUACCCUCACCCUCAUUCACGGCCAGACCCAGCCCAACCUCUCUCUCCUCCGGUACUUCAACUACGACGCCACCAACCCCAACCCGACCUACCCUUACCACCCCCUUGCUACCAACCUCAUGCCCAUCUCAUGGUUACAGCUCCUAGCCCCUGAAGACGACGACGCCUAUAACAACCGGCCACCUGAGGCUACACCCGAGGAGAUGUCCUCAUGGAAGACGAAUCGCCGAGGUAACUACCACCGCAAGCGACGGAGGUGGGCGCGUAUCCGCCACGUAGUGGACGCAACACGUGCCGGCGGCUUCUCCGGCCUCGCAGUCGCGAGCACCAUGGAUCCCAUCUCGAUCGUCCGUAACGCUGUGCCCCUACUGGCAGGCGGCGCUCCCAUCGCCAUUUACUCCCCCACAGUAGAGCCCUUAACGCAGCUUGCCGACUGCUUCAGCGUGGCCCGCCGUGCGGCAUGGGUAUCGACGCCGCCACCCGAGAUCGAAGGCAAGACAGCCUCUGAGCUCGAGCGCUGGGAGGGCACACCCGAGUUUCCCCUGAACCCGACGUUGCUCCUGGGCGUGACGGUCCAGAGCAGCAGGGCGCGGAGGUGGCAGGUCCUCCCCGGACGCACACACCCGUUCAUGAUGGGACGAGGUGGAGCGGACGGGUUCCUGCUUACGGCUUGGAGAGCGGUGCCGGUGGAGGGCAAGAUUGAGGCCAGGGGCAAGUUUAAGCGGAGAAAGAUGGAGGCGUCUUGA